CUCUUCGGUUUUCCACACUUCCGCCCUUCCAGGGAGACACGAGAUUCCACCAUGGUUUGGGAAGAGUUUUCUGUGCACGGGUACGCCGAGUUCGUUCGGGUCGCCCGCGAGCAGCAGCAGCGCGGCCAAGUGUUUGUCUAUUUUAGCGGUGACAAGGAUCCAGUCAGCGGUGUUAGUUGGUGCCCAGAUUGUAUUAAAGCUGAACCCAUUGUACGGGCUGAGCUCCCAAACUUGCCAGAGGGAUCUGUAUUCAUUUACUGCCAAGUAGGACCCAGAGACUACUGGAAAAAUCCCAAUAAUGAAUUCAAGAAGAAUCUUAGCUUAACUGGUGUACCUACACUUCUUAAAUAUGGAACUCCUCAGAAGCUGGUGGAAGAAGAUUGCUUUAAACCCAAUCUUGUGCGAAUGCUGUUUACAGAGGACUAACAAUUGAAGCUAUUACCAGUGGAGGAAGUGCUUUGAAAUGAAAUCAUAAUCAUGUCGAACUACAAGUGAAUAAGUUUGUAACCUAUAGGCCAACUGAUUUAAAUAAAGUCACUGUAGAACUGGACUGUGUAUCAUUUGAAAUUGUGGCUAGUUUGUAUGAACCCAUUUGCUGGAGACCGAGUAUCUACUCAGAAGGUUAAAUUGGAUUCUCUUAGCUUCACUGUCUAAGGCAAAUAAAUAUUCUUUGGAAGAA